GAACAGCGGGCUUCAGUGUGUCAGAUGUGAGGCCAGUGUGAGGAGGUGCGUGUGGUGCUGGUGAGGAGGAUCAGUGAAAUAGACUCUUAAUUAUCGUGAUACUCUGUUCCGUUCUGGUGCUGGCGGCGAAAUUUUGUCUUCCUCCAAAGGUGAGCGGCGGCUGAGGGUGUCACGCGCUGGGCUUACCUGGCGAGUGUCGGAUUUCAUUGAUUAACACCGAGCUGUCCAGGUGCGUGUUGGUGCUUGAGGGGAAACGAGGGGAAAGCCGCGCCCAGGUGUGUCCAGCAGGGUGUGCCAUGUGGUAAGGCGGCGGCGGCGGGCUUAGUCAGCGGCGGCGGCGGCAGGUCGGGCGUGGGCGCGGAGGUCCCUUGUCCCUCCCAUGGCGGGGGCUGACGGGGGCGGCGUGGGCGGCGGUGGGCGGUCCCUGGGUGGCGGCGGCGGCCCUGGGGAUGGUGGGGGCGUACGGACCCCGCCCACCACGCCCAAAAAAGUGGGUGGGAAGAUGCUGGCCGUCAAGAUUCUGAUGCUGGACGACACCUACACACUCUUCCAGAUCCAGAGCAAGGCGUGCGCUUCGGUCCUGCUCGAACAAGUGUGUCGCCAGCUCAACCUACUCGAGUCGGACUACUUCGGCCUCGAGUACACAGAUGGGAACACCCGCUACUGGCUCGACCUGGAGAAGCCUAUGAGUAGACAGGUGUGUCUGAGUCAGGUGGAGCCAGUGUUGCGGUUCUGCGUCAAGUUCUACACGCCCGACCCUGCCCAGCUUGAGGAGGAGUACACCCGCUACCUCUUUGCACUGCAGAUCAAGCGGGAUCUGGCCCAUGGCUGCCUCCUCUGUAACGACAAUACUGCCGCCCUCAUGGCCUCCUACAUCGUCCAAGCCGAGUGUGGCGACUUUGUUGAGGAAGACUACCCUGACCACCGCUACCUCUCCCUGUAUAAGUUUGUGCCCUCCCAAGACCCUGAACUGGAGAGAAAGAUUAUGGAAAAUCAUAAAAAACACGUGGGUAUGACGCCUGCAGCAGCUGAUCUUAACCUCCUGGAGACAGCAAGAAGAUGUGAACUCUAUGGAAUCAAGAUGCACCCAGCCAAGGACAACGAGGGAGUGCCCCUGAACCUGGCUGUCGCACACAUGGGGGUCUUAGUGUUCCAGAACUACACCAAGAUCAACACAUUCUCCUGGGCCAAAAUACGAAAGCUUUCCUUCAAGAGAAAAAGAUUCCUCACAAAACUCCACCCAGAGGGAUAUGGGUAUUACAAGGAUAUUGUUGAGUUCUUUUUUGACGGCCGGAACGAGUGUAAAAACUUCUGGAAGAAAUGUGUGGAGCACCACGGCUUCUUCCGCUGCUCCCAGGUCAAGAAGGUUCCUCGCCACAAAACCCGAGUGUUGUCCCGAGGCUCCUCCUUCAGGUACAGCGGAAGAACACAGAAACAAGUGCAAGAGUUUGUUCGAGAUAACUAUGUGAAGAGAGCUCCGUUUCAAAGGUCCCAGUCUUUUCGACACUCCCCUUCUGUACAUGCGAGUGUGAGCAGCGUUGGAAUGAGCAUCUCAGCACAGCCUCUUCUGCCCCUCAGCGACAAUCAGUGCAUUGGCACCCCAGUCUCACUGUCAUGUGGUUCCAUGACCCUGGCCUCCACUGGAGACCCACAGUCCCCCGGGUCACCAACACAGACGGAGACAGCUGACCUCCACGACUUUGACACUCGUGACUUGGAGACUCCAAGUGUGACACCAUCCCGCCAGGACACUCUCUCCCCGGAGACGUCAGUGACUUCCAGCCCACAGCGAGGUCACGACCCUGAGUACCCCCACCAUCCAGCUCCCAGCAGCAUAUCAGUCCAAGCAUCAGCACCCCCCCUGGAGGCUGCCAGCAGCAGGGUGUGCGAAGCUGCUGCUGCUGCUGCUGCACCGCAUCCCCCAAGUUCACCCUCUGCACCUGCACCUCAAGACCAGCCUGUGGCAGGCUCUCCUUCACCAACCACCACACCACUGUCAGCUCACAAGGAAAAUAUUCCCAUCUCCAAUCAUGUUAACAACAGAGUGGACUCAUUACCUAAUGGUCAUGACAAGACUGUUUCACCGGCACGAGUUGGAGAGAUGGAAGGGGAAUCCAGGAAACGAAAAUACCCAAGUGAUAAGGCUUACUUCAUUGCCAAGGAGAUCCUCACCACAGAAAGGACCUACAAGAAGGAUCUGGAAGUUAUUAAUUUGUGGCUGAGAGAAGAAGUUGGGAAAGAGGAAGGGAUGCCUGGUGAAACACUCUCCAAGCUGUUCCAGCUUAUUGACCCCAUCUAUGAGUUCCAUACUCAGUUUCUCAAAGAGUUGGACACUCGGCUGGCACAGUGGGAUGGACGGGCCAGUGGGUCAAACAAAAUGGAAUCUCAAAGGAUAGGGGACAUCAUGCUAAAAAAUAUGAGCAUGAUUAAGCUGUAUGAAAAUUACCUAGAGGGCCACUACGCUAUCUUGGAAGGACUUGAAUCAUCUUUCCGCAAGAAUCGCCGCUUUGAGCAGAUUUACCGGGAGUUUGAGAUGCAGAAAGUUUGUUAUCUUCCAAUGACAUCCUUCAUCCUCAAACCGCUACACCGCCUCCAACACUACCACCUUCUGCUGGACCGCUUGGUGAAGCACUAUGGCAGUGCCAACCAUCAUGAUUACCGGGAGUGUAUGACAGCCAAGGCCAAGCUGGGCCAGAUCAUCAAGAGCAUGACUUCUCGCCUCACAGCCUCUGAGAAUUUAGUCAAACUGGUGGAGCUGCAGCGAGACCUUGUUGGUAUUGACAACUUAAUCCAGCCUGGCCGAGAGUUCCUGCGGGAAGGAUGUCUGCAGAAGCUGUCACGGAAAGGUUACCAGCAGCGCAUGUUCUUCCUGUUCAACGAUGUUUUGUUGUAUACCAACCGCACUACCACUCCAGUGCUGCAAUUCAAGGUGCACGGCCAACUGCCUCUGCGUGGGGUGAUGGUAGAGGAGACCGAGAGCCGUAUGGGAGCCUCAAACUGCUUCACCAUAUAUGGUGGGAACAGGGCUUUGAUGGUAGCAGCAAAUGGAGAGGAGGAAAAAACUAAGUGGCUAGAAGACCUAACCACCGCCAUCAACCAAGCUAAGACACGGCCAGAUGAUGCCUUCCACUACCUGUCCUUGAAGUCCAUAAGCUCCUCAGAUGAAGUUCUGGAUCGCAGUGAUGGCAGUGCCCUGGAUGACAGUCUGACCGCCAUGCGUGGCCUUGGAGAGAAGGGCGCCUCGCCGCAGCAGCGAUCCAACACUACUGUCCAUGUUUGUUGGCACCGAGCCACUAGUGUGUCUGCACAUGACUAUUCACUCGCAGUGCAGAAUCAGCUGAGUGGAUACCUCUUGCGCAAAUUUAAAAACAGCAUGGGAUGGCAGAAGCUGUGGGUCGUGUUCACAAACUUUUGUUUAUUCUUCUACAAGACUUUCCAGGAUGACUUCCCACUAGCUUCCCUGCCACUGCUUGGCUAUGUCAUCACCACGCCUGGAGAGGAUGACCAGAUCCAGAAGGAAUUUGUAUUUAAACUGCAGUUCAAAAACCAUGUGUACUUCUUUAGAGCUGAAUCUGAAUUCACGUUCUCCCGCUGGAUGGAAGUAAUAUCAACAGCAACGCAGAAUUCUUCUCGAAGUUUUGCAUCAAGUCAUCAUGAAAAUGAAAAUGAGAGCAUUAGGCUUUAAUUUGAAAGAUCAGGUGAUUGCUUUCAUGUCUUAAGCUUUAACCUACUACUUUACUGAGAAAUUUAACAUUAAAGCAAUAAUUAUAAUAGCCAGUCUUUAUUAAGUUGAAUUGGACUUGUUUGAUACACAAAUUUUUGUAAUUUGUUAAGUGCUAUCUGGUGCACGCCUACUCUGUGAAAUAGAAAGUUUAUAGGUUCAUGCAAAAAAUAAUUUAAGUAUAUGAGAUGAGCAGCAACCUAAAUAAUUUUAACUUAUAAAAGAAAGCUAUAAAUUUUUAUUACUGAAAGCCUGUUUUAUGACUAUUUUACAAAUAAAAAAAUACUAGAAUAUAUUCUAAUUAAAUUAAUCUUUGAUGCACAUGAAUGUAUAAAAUAGUGUUGGUUGUGUGUUAGUCAACAUUUCUCAACAUGCUGAUAUCAUGAACCUGCAUAGAUUGUGUUGCACCAUCUUUGCAUCUGGGAUGCAGUGCAGAAACUCCCUCUAACCAGUCAGUGGUGCUGUCACUAGUUGAUGUGCAGCCAAUCACAGCUGGCUGCCUGUGCCUUAGCCACCUGAGGGGGAGCACCAACCUCGCCGCCAAAAGAUGCACCACUGCCGCAAGGUUCCCUCCCAGGCUGUCACCCAAACCUCCGAGGUGAAGGUCCCCAAAUCUUAUCUGUAAACAAACUGUCCCUUUAAUUUAAUGCUACUCACCAUUGUCAGCUGAUCUGGCCAUAGUACUGUAGCUUAAUUUUAACAUGUCUUUUAUACAAAGCCUCACAAAUGGGAUUUUCUGAUAUGAAGUAAAUGUUUUAGUGUUAAUAGCAUGUAAAUAGUACUGAAGAAAAUGUGUAAUUUAUAGAGUAAAAAAGGCUAUAUAUCAUCCCUAAGCAAGUGUUAGUUGCCCCCAUAACAAUAUUGUGUAGUGGGGUAGAGAUAUAUCAACUUUUAAUAAAGUCAUUUACUUUAAAGAGGUAAGCAUAUCACUCAUUUUACAAUAGUCUGAUGUGAGAGAAAUGUGACAGAAUAUGCAAUUCCCAGUGUUUAGAUUACUCUGCUUGGGGCACAGCAUUGCUAGCGAAGAACUGGCCUCAACGAGCAACACAAUGGAAAGAAAGAAAAAAAGUUCUAUAUAUAUAUACUGAUUUUUUUUUAUCAUUCAUGUACUUUUUCUAAAUAUUUGCCUUGAGAAUAUUUUGCAUAAGUACAUUAUGGAAGGUACUGUCAUACAAAGUCAUGGUGCAACUAAACUUUGCAGAAUCUCUUUUAUUGGUGGUCGUUUGGCAACAUGAAAUGGUGACAUGACUGUCAGGCAUAGGUUGUGUAACUCGUAUUUAUUUGUUGCUCAUUUUUUUGUGUUUAAGAAUCUUUGAAGACCUUUUUCAUGUUUGAUAACCAGGUUUUCACACUUUCCUUAAUCUGAAUGGUAUCUAAAAUGUUGUGACUCGGUAGGUUAGAAGUGAUCCCCCUCUAAUGUAUGGUAGUUAUCUGUGCCAUCUAACAUGUGAAUUACUUGCACUCUGGGAACAGUUGUCAUGCCUAGCACAUCUCAGAAUUGGUUUGCUGUGUGGAAGAAGAAACCCUUAUGACUUUCAUGUGAGUUGAUGUCAAGAAAAUUCUUUGUUGAUGUCAUUGUUCUUUGAUAUUUCCUCCUGAAAUUUUCUGUACAUUUCUAAAGUUGGAGGAAAUUUCAAAUGUAUCUGAGGUAAGAGCAGAACGGUGUUAAACAUAAUUGUUAUCACAAAGAAAUAUCUAUUUAUGAGUCGUUUUCAGAUUAUGAGAUAGUGUGUUGAAUGUUGGCUCAGAAAAUUUAUUGUACCUCUCCCAUACGAAACCCAUUUUGUUUAUUCAUAGGCGUAUCACUGUGCUCAAACAUUGUAACCUCUACCAUUUAUAUUUUUUUCUAUGAUUUACAUUGCCUUCAUGCUGCCUUACCACCUAAAAAUCCUGUAUUAUUUCAAUAAACAAUUAGACUGUG